AUGCCGCGCCUUUCCGCCGCCCAGCCAUCUGCCACAUCUGCAGUCAACACAGCCACCACCACCACCAGCAUCAACAAAAAGUCUGAAACAAUGGACAAGCUCUUCUCGAUAGUUAAUCCUGCGGGCCAGCAGGCCCAGGCCUUUGCCCAGCACGAUGACAGAAACCCUUUCAUCCUCCCGUCGUUUGCCGACAACUUUGAGUCGUGGGCCUACCCCGAGACUCAGCAGGCCGUCUUUGAAGACUGGAUUGCCACUACCACGCCGCCCAACACCGCCACUGGCUCGCCCACUCUGGGCCAGACUGCGAUGCUGGCAGCCAGCAUGUCAGGCAUCCCCUUCUCGCCCCUAGCUUCGUCGGCCAUGUCUAUGUCACCGAUCCUGAGCUCGCCAUCGCUCAACUUCUCCAACUCGAGCUCCUGCUCGCCGUACCUUUCCAACGACCUUGCGUUCAGCCUGGCCAGCACCCUGCAGAACGCCCCCCGCAUAAUGUCAGGGUCCUUCUCGGUUGCUGAUUACGCCGCCGUGCUUUUCCCUGAUAUUGCCGCCACACUCGCCAGCCUCAAGCGCGCAUUCUCGGAGAUGGACAUGCAGCUCCCCACUGCUAACGCCCAGGUCAACUGGACCGCCGACUUUGCCGGUCUCUUUGACGCUGCGCCUAUCGCCGAUUUGGCCUGCGAGCCUGCCGCUGCCUCCUCGAUUCUGCUGACCACCAGCAGCGAUCCCGAGGCCGAGGAGCUGCGCAAGCGCCGCGACACUGAGUUUUUGGCGUCGUUGCCGCCCCAGCUGGCUCUCAAGCGCCGCCGCACUUCGAACAUGAAGCAAAAGGAGAAGAUCCUUGCCGAACUGAUGUGCGAUGUGCCCGCCGCUGUCGCUGUUCCCGCUGCCCCUGCAACCAAGAAGGCUGCUCCUUCGGCUACCAAGAAAGCUGCCGCUGCCGCCGCUGCCCUUGUCUGUGUCAAAGCUGAGGUUGAUGCUGAGAUCGAUGCCGACGAGGCUGAGGACGACGAUGACAACGUUGACGCUGCCGCCCUGAAGCGCAAGAAGAACACCGACGCCGCCCGCCGCUCACGUAUGCGCAAGAUCCUGCGUAUCGAGACCCUUGAGGGCCGCGUGUCGGAGCUCGAGACCGAGAACACCAAGCUGGCGCAGAUGGUUGCUGCUCUGGAGUCUGAGAAGGCCGCAAUGGCCCAGCGCAUGGCGCAGAUGGAGAACAGUCAGCUUUCGGCUGCUGCCUCCUUUGCCCUCUAA